CAGCACCCGACACCACCCAUCGCCGCAGCGCCGGACCCGAAAUUCAACCAACAUCCAUCGCGCGCAUCGCAGCCUCGUUCGGUCGUUCUUCAUACCUCUCCUCCGUCCACCACCUCGAAUCCUCCCCUUUCCGCCUUGCCAUACGUCUCCUCCCCUUCCCAAGCGACUAGAAGAAAAACCUCCACCCGACCGAUCACGCACAGAAUACAUACAGCCAGGCAGACACCCGUACGAUGAUUCGGGCGCCGUAUCGACUUUGAGAGCCUCGACGACGAGCCCGCGACACCACCACCUACAAACCGGCCUGCACAGAAGAGAGGGAAGAAACCCGCUAACCAGCUGGCUGGUCAGACAGCACGUCCGUCAAAUGUCGCGCGCCUCCAAGCUCACCCUCGGGGGCACCUCGCUCUUCGCCGCCGCCACCAUUGUCUUUGUGCAUUUCCAGCAAAAGGCUGAGCAGGCUGCCAUGCACGAAGGCGUCGUCCGCGACUUGGAGCAGCAGCGCGUCAAGCGCGAGCGCCAGCUCGACUUCGACAUGCAGCGCGCCCUCGAGCAAGAGUACAAGCAGCAUCAGACGGUCCGCGACUCGACGUCAGAAACAGACGACGGCAAGGCGCCCGCCCCGAGAUAGAAACACAAGGAGGAGCCGCCCUCGCGACGGUUCGAUCGUGCUACGCACUUGUACCAACAGGACCUGUAUCACCACACAACACACUUCACUGUACAAUACUCAUUUGGCGUUGCCCUGUGUAUUAUCCUACUAUUGAUACAACGCGCCCAGGGUGCGCCGGGCACUUAUAGUGUGACAAGAGACAGCGAGUAAGAAGAAGCAACCAACCCGUUCC